CUCCCUCGCAAACUCUCGUGGGUUCUCUACUUCGCUGUGCGCAGCAAAGGAAACAAUGGAGGAGCAAUUGAAGGGAACGGUGACGCCGUUGGCUUCUCUAUUCCCCGUAGACGAAGCUCAAAAGGCAGUUCAGCGCGUGCAGGAAGCAAUUUCAGAGAAGGAGAAAGAGCUCGACCGCCUCAAAGGAUUCAUCGCCGAUAACACUAACCUCGUCAACCUCGUACAGCGGCUUCCUGAUGAGCUCCACCACGAUAUCAUGGUUCCUUUUGGGAAAGCAGCAUUCUUUCCUGGUCGCUUGGUGCACACCAAUGAGUUCAUGGUUCUUCUAGGGGAAGGAUACUAUACGGAGAGAACCGCAAAGCAGACGGUUGAGAUUUUGAAAAGAAGAGAGAAAAUGCUGGACUCUCAAGUGGAUUCUCUCAAGGCCAAUGUACACGAUCUUAAAGCUGAGGCAUCUUUUUUCGAUACUACAGUGGCGGAAGCAGCGGAGGGUCUUGUAGAGAUAAGAGAAGAUUACGUGGAGGAAAGUUCCAUUGCAGAGCAAUCUGAAUUAGACGGUACAAAGGAUGAAGAUGAAGAAUAUAAACGCAUGAUGUCCAGGCUGGAUGAACUGGAGAAGGAGGAACUUGCAGCUGAAGGUGAGCAGACUGAUGCAUCUGACAGUGAUGAUGAGAGUGGGGAAGACGAUCAUCUUACCACAACUGAAAGUGAAAAUGAGACCUAUGACGAUGAGCAAGCACUUGCAGUGGAUGGUGACAAUCAGAGUUCUGAGUAUAAGCAAACAAAACCUAAUUCUGAUGAGAAUUCAAAUCAGACUUAUCGGAAUCGCAAGGUCAGAUUUUCAGAGGAGUCCUUGACGAAGCAACCACAGCAGCCAAAAUUUACAAAUACAACAGCCAAUGUGCUCUCAGAUGAGGUUCAAAGUCAGAUAGAUUUUAGCAAGAAUUCAAAUUGUACUGGAUUGGCUGGGCAACUUGCAUCUACAGAGCCAUCUUGUGCUUGUGCCUUGUGGACGGUUAAACAUUUAUGUGACCAUUUUUGCCCGCACAAGGGUAGCCCAGUGGACAGGGGGGGAUACACCACAUUUAGUUGUGAACUCGGACAUCUGGGGUCCAAUCCCACCUGGUGCAGCUCAGAUUUAAUUGCCACUAGGCACUAGUAGUUUGUGUGUUCAGUGUGCUCAUAUUAUGUUUAGGCCUUGUAUUCAGUGCGUUGGCUUUAAAAAUCUUAAGGUCAUAUAAGGUCUUCAAUUAUGGUCAUAUCUUUGGAGGAAUUUGAAAGUAGAUGGGGAAGGGGAUUGAUUUGGGUGGCCCAUACAUGUACACCUUUGCACAGAACAGGUGGAUUUAACUGGGCCACUUGUUGGAACCAAACAUCUGCAAUAUUGAGAAGCUAAGUUUUUCCUUACCUUUCUUCUUCUCCAAGGGCAAGAUUAGAAUUCUUUGAAUCCCAUUAGCUUACAUUUGUGAGUACAUAAUCCUAAUACUUCAAAAUCGAUUUUGAUUUGCGAAAUAUCGAACUCAUGAACCUAUCAACUAUCAAGUCAUUGAUGUCUACAGUGUUGUAAGAUUGUAUAUGCUAUCGAGAUUGAUGCAAUCGCAGGCACCCAUGAUUUUGUUCUGUCAAAACGACCUCUUGUUCCUUCCAUUUGAUUAUUC